AUGGCGGAGGGGAGCGGCGGCGGGGCGUCUCCCGGGGUCCCCAUCCCGCCUCCCCCGACCCUGAAGGGGCUGCGGGAGCAGAUGGUUGCUGCAGCUCAAGCAUUAGCCGAAGAAAGAAGAAACCAAGGUGGUGUUAGCACUGUUUCACUCCAGGCCCCAAUAAGCACAAAAGCAAAACCAGUGCUGGAUGGUUCUCUCUUGAAAUCAGAAGAACGGCAGAGACUUGCUCGGGAACGUAGGGAAGAGCGGGAGAAACAGCAUGCUGCCAAAGAAACACAGAUCCUGGAGAAGGAGAAGAAAGCGAAGCUGCAGUACGAGAAGCAAAUGGAAGAGAAGCAGAAGCGGCUGAGAGAGCAGAAGCUGAAAGAGCAACAGAGAAGAGCUGCGGUGGAGCAGAAGCGAAAACAGAAGAUUGAAGAGGAAAAAGUGCAUUACGAAGCUGUGGUGCAUCGAACGUUGGAACGCAGCCAGCGGCUGGAUACGCGGCAGAAACGAUGGUCGUGGAGCGGCUCGGUGACAGACACCAGUGGGAAGGCAGAAGCACCAGCUGUAGCUGAAGUCAACAAGCGCUCUACGUCCGCCCUGAACCUCAAACAGCCCGACCCGGCCCUCCACAAGCGCCUCUCGUCCUCGGCAGCACUUCUCAAUUCUCCCAGCAUAGGAACAGCUAAAAGGAGCUCUUCCCUAAACAGGCUGAAUAACAAAAGUUCUCUGAGUUCUGAGCAAGGACUAGCCAACGCUUUACAAGCAGAGCAAAAAGGAGAACCAGAAAAGAAGAGGAGUUCAUCGCUCAGUAGGGUGAGCAGUAAACUUCCCGAAGUAGAAAACGUGCAGAAAGAAGAAAAAGGUACUCGCCGUUUGGUCAGCCCCUUGGAGAACGCCUCCGUCAGUCGCCUGCUCGCCCCCACCCAGGCCUCUCUAGCCAGGAGUAAGAGCGCAGCCACCUUGUCUGCUGCUGAGGGCAAAGAUCCCGCAGAUUCUUCCCUCUGUCCUUGUUCAGCUUCCACCAGCUUCCCAGCCCACCUCCCCAAAGUGCCAUUACGUAGUCGCAGCACAGACCGAUUGAAGGGGGCUGCUUGCUCAUCCGACAAUGUCUCCUCGGGAUCUGCACAGAAAACUGAGCCAGCCAAGCAGCCCCCGUCUUCUUCAUCAGGGAGGCGAGCUCCUUCACCCUCUCUGCCGAGUUCCAGGCGCUCCGUCUCGCCCGGGAAUGCGGGGAAACUCCCUCCGUCUCCAGCAACAAUAAGGCGCAGACCAGCGCCCUCUUCGCCGAACGUCUCGCGGCAGCGGCAAUCUUCUCCCAUGGCGGCCUCUAAACCGGCACCGAUUCAGCGCCUGCCGCUCACCCCGAACGUCCUCGGUGUUACCAAAAAGAAAAGCGACACAGAGAGCAAAGCCAACGACGCAGCCCCCCAGGAGCAGGGGGCUGCCGGGCCCCCCUCAGAGAAAGAGUCGCCUGCGGGUCCUCCUAAAACCAAAGAAGAUGCAAGUGGCAAAACUCUUCCAGGGACCACAACCGCUGAAGAAGCAUCGAAGAUCUUGGCAGAGAAACGCCGCCUUGCACGGGAACAGCGAGAGCGUGAAGACCAGGAAAAGCUUCAAAGAGAAGAGGAAGAAAGGAUCCAGAAAGAGGAGCUGGCCAGGAUAGCCCAGGAGAAGCAGGCGCAGGAGGAGGCCGCCCUCCAAGAGAUGGAGGAGCUGAAGAGAGUGGAAGAAGAGGAGCUGCAGCGGCUGGCUGAGAAAGACCGGAUUCAGAGGGAGCAGGAGGAGCAGGAGAAGCAGGCGGAGCUUCAGUUGCAGCGGGAAGAAGCCGAGGCGAGGGCCUUCGAAGAGGCCGAGAGACAGCGGCAGGAACGGGAGCGGAUCAUGCAGCAGAACCUGCAGGAGAGGCUGGAGAGGAAGAAGAGAAUUGAAGAAAUAAUGAAGAGGACCCGGAAGGCCAAGCAGAGCGAAGCGAAAAACAAAGACAAGUCGAACGAGGAAGACGAUGAGGACGUUGAAGAAGACGAGAGCGUCGAAGAAGACGAAGAGCAGGACCUUGAAAAGCAAGACCAGCCCGAAAAGCCAAAGGGCGAGGACUCUUCUCUGGAAGACGGCUCCGAGGCCCUGCACCGUUGGACUUUGCUGCAAGAAGGCUCCACAGUGGGAGCCGACGACGUCUUCAUCAACGGGAAUAAGCAGGAGGAAGAGGAAGAGAGGAGGGGGGAUGGGCACCCCCUGUAUUUCAGCCAGUCGGUGGAAACCAGUAUUCCAGCCAAAGGAACGGUCGUUGAGAACUCGGAAAUCCUGCACGUUAACGAAGCCGAUCGCUCCAUCGGAUUUCUCCCAAACUUCAACGGAAAACCUUCCGGGUGGAAUUUUGAAGAAAUUAUUGAUCUUGGGAUGCAUCCUAAGACGGCCAGGCUUAGUUCGGAGAGCAUCGCUGCUGAUACGCCCAGCCAGAAUUUUAGAGAUGGCGCCCCGUUGCCAGCAAGCCCAAAGCUGGCUUUUGAGGAGGACGCUGGCGUGAAUUCCUUGACCAAAUCGAUCGAGGCGGCAUCAGAACUGUGAACACUACGAUCCCGGAAGGCUCCUGACAGCCACGCGAGGAUGCCCAGGUCUCCUCCAGACAGGAAGGCCUCGAUUUGAAAAAGCUGCUUCUCGACUUCACCUCCAUGUUUCUCUCGGUGUCACCCGCAACGGCCCACCUCCACCCAUCCGACUUUGCCCCUCGAAACGUUUGGCAAGGCAAGAGGGGUGGGGGGUCAUUUCGCUGUUGCUUUAUCAGCCCUCUUUAACAAGAUUUGCU